UUAUAUCCAUCGGCCUGGAUCUUACAAAGAAAAUUAGAAUUGAAAGAAAUAAGCCUUUCAUUACAUUGGUUGGAGAUCCUAAAAACAUGCCAAAUUUGACAUUUGACGGCACCGCCAAGCAAUAUGGAACCGUAGAUAGUGCCACUCUUAUUACUGAGAGUAGUUACUUUGUGGGUGCUAAUCUCAAUAUAGUGAACACUGCUCCUAGGCCAGACGGGAAAAUGGUAGGAGCACAAGCGGUUGCUUUGAGAGUCUCCGUGACAAUUCGACUUUCUAUAACUGCAAGAUCAUCGGCUUCGGGACACUUUGUGUGAUGACAGGGGC